AUGCCGACAUUGUCCACCUCUCAGUGGAUAGGUCUUCUGUCCAUCCCCGCUGCCCUCCUCCUGGCUCAGCAACUCACGACAUUGUCGGAACCCACUCCGCUCACCAUACAUCGCUCUCUAUCUUCUCUCCCCCCGGCGUCAACCGCACGCAGGAUUUACCCUGAAGAUUUUUAUGAGGGCGGUGCCUAUGUCCAGUUCCCCAACGGAAAGGUCAGGUACUGGCUCAUCGGCCCUGAAGAUGGGACGCGCAUCGUCCUCAUCCAUGGACUCUCUAUUCCCGCAUUCAUCUGGAGAGAUGUUGCGCACCACCUCGCUGAGAACGGUUUCCGUGUGCUCCUCUACGAUCUCUACGGCCGCGGCUACUCCGAUGCGCCGCAGACGGAGUAUACCACGCAGCUGUACACCACGCAGCUCGCGAUGCUCUUGCAGUACAUCGGCUGGAAACGUGUCCACGUCGCUGGAGUUUCUAUGGGUGGAGCCAUCGCCACAUCAUUUAGCGCUCAAUUCCCUCAUCUUGUUUCCUCGAAGGUCGCACUCAUCGCCUAUGUUGGCCUGUAUGAGCCACGAGACAUCCCGCUCAAAUUCAAGCUGUUGUCCUCCCCUCUGGUGCAGCUCGUGACAUCAAGCGCCCCAGCCAGGGCCUACCGGCAAUACCUCUCGCAAAAUAAUGUCCACUCUGGCUCCGUCGUCGCAGAUGCAGAGGCGUUGGUCUGCCUCCAAUCCGCAUAUUUGCCAGGCUUCGACCACGCGAUUGCAUCGUCGCUGCGGGAAGGUCCCCUCCGCGGUCUAGCGCCUGCGUUCGCUCAGCUCGGGCGCGACGCCGGCAAGCGCGUCCUUUUGAUCUGGGGCACGCAUGAUCCGGUGGUACCGUUCGUGAAUGCGGAGCGCGUACAGGGGCUCGUGCCGCAAGCCGAGCUUAUGGUCAUUCAGCACGGCGGCCACGAGCUCACGAUGACGCACCCCGGGGAGGUUGGCCCCGCGCUUGUGCGGUUCUUUGCGGACUAG